GUAAAAAUGCUAAAUUUUAAGACUGUAUUGGCAAAUUAUUAAAAAAAAAAUUCAUGCUCUCAUUCUCUAUUUAAAAAGGUUAGAGCCCACAUCACAUGUUACUAGUUAUAGUAUGGGAUAUGAGGGAAAUAGAAGAGAUAAAGAAAGUGAGAAAAAAGACAAUAUCUCAAGCAAUAAGAACUGAGAGGCUAAGAUUUCCCACAUAUCUUCAAAGCUACCAAAACCCCCAACACCUCCCCUUAUCUUCCUAUCUUCUUUUUUUCUUAUUCAAUCCUACGCUCUUCUCCUACUCUGUUUUUGCUACCUUAUUCUGUUCUUCAUCAACUCUUACCCUAAACAUAAGAGACAAUGGCCCCUAAAUCCGGUCGCAAUAAGGGACACAACAAACCCAAAUCAGAAAAGAAAAAGAAAGAAGAAAAAGUUGUGCCUUCUGUUAUUGACAUUACUGUUAUCACCCCAUAUGAUUCUCUAGUCACUCUCAAGGGCAUAUCAACUGAUAAGAUACUUGAUAUAAGAAGGUUAUUAGCUUCAAAUGUGGAAACAUGUCAUAUUACCAAUUACUCUUUGUCACAUGAGGUAAAAGGACAUAAAUUGAAUGAGAAGAUGGAGAUUACUUCUUUGAAGCCAUGUCAAUUGAAGAUGAUUGAAGAUGAAUAUGUGAGUGAGGCCCAAGCUAUGGCCCACGUAAGAAGGCUACUGGACAUAAUCGCGUGUACAACAUGGUUCAACAAGCCUAAGGGACAACGGCCCACUUCAGCUGACCACAAAUCUAAAAAAGCAAAGGCCCAAGUGGGCCCCACAAACCCAUCAAAUGAAGAACCCAGAAUCAAAAACGGGCCGUCCAUAUCGGUUAUUUCUGAAGAUAAUGACAUGGCUGCCCUUCACCCAACACCUAAAUUGUCUGAAUUUUAUGACUUUUUCUCUUUUUCUCACAUCACUCCUCCAGUCUUAGGUAUCAAGAAAUGUGAAAGAAAAUUGGAAGACAAACGUGAUGGAGAUUAUUUUGAACUACAGAUCAAGAUUUGCAAUGCCAAGAUAAUACAAGUGGUUGCAUCCACAAAAGGGUUCUACACUUUGGGCAAGCAGUUGGUACAGUCUCAUUCCCUAGUGGAUCUCCUGCAUCAAUACAGCCAGGCAUUUGCUAAUGCAUAUGAUGCUCUAAUCAAAGCUUUUGUGGAGCACAAUAAGUUCGGCAAUCUUCCUUAUGGAUUCCGUGCAAAUUGCUGGCUCACUCCACCUUCUGUUGCGGAAAAUCCAUUGAACUUCUCAUCCUUACCGACCGAGGAUGAGAACUGGGGUGGAAAUGGAGGAGGCCAAGGAAGAGACGGUGAACAUGAUCUUAGACCUUGGGCAACAGAGUUUGCUGCUUUGGCUAGCAUGCCUUGCAAAACCGAGGAAGCGAGAGUGAUUCGUGAUCGGAAGGCUUUCUUGCUCCAUAGUUUAUUUGUCGACGUUUCAAUUUUUAAAGCAGUAGAUACCAUUUGUCAUUUGGUGGAAUCAGAAUCUUCUCCAAGAGAUUCUCAUGAAUGCCGUGUAGGUGAUCUGUAUAUUGUAGUUAAGCGCGAAUCAGCUGAUGCCAACCUCAAGCCUGAUGAUAAGAUUCUCUUCUGUGACUUGUCUGAAACAUUUGCUAAAGGUGUUGCUCAAAGGAACUUGAUCAAAGGAUUGACUGCUGAUGAAAAUGUGACUGUUCGAGAUAUUUCUUCACUUGGAACUGUUACUUUAAGGUAUUGUGGGUACACUGCAACUGUUCGAGUUGUCGGAGUUGUUAAGAAUAACAUCGAGCACCAUGAUAUCGAAAUUAAUGAUCAGCCUGAUGGAGGAGCUAAUGCCCUCAAUGUAUACAGCUUAAGGAUGCCCUUACACAAGCCGGUCAAUGCGGAAGUCUCAGGAGAAAGCGCUUCUGUCCUGUCGCAACCUGAUGAACUAGAAACUUCAAGAUCUCAAAUCAUAAAAAUACUUGAUGAUAGCUUAGCUAAUUUAGAGGAGGGAAAACAAGAGGAGGCUGAAGUGGGUGUUAGAUGGGAACUUGCUUCAUGUUGGGUGCAAUAUUUGCAGAAGCAGGAAAGUGAGAAAAAUCCCAAAGAAUCUGAAAAUCCCAAAAAUAGUGAAUUGUAUGUUAAAGGUUUAGGAAAGGAAUUCAAAUCGCUAAAGAAAAGAGACAAAAAGCCAAACAGUGUGGACUCGUCUGAAGGACUGCAGGAGAAAGAAUCGCAAGUUUCUGGCCUUGAAUCUGAUGAAGGACUCAGUAAAGAUCUGGAAGCUUCUGAGCUAGGAAAGAUACUUUCUAAAGAAGCCUUCUUACGGCUGAAGGAAACAGGGACUGGCCUCCAUCUUAAGACUGUAGAUGAACUUCUUACUAUGGUUCAAAGCUAUUACGAUGAUAUUGCUUUACCGAAGCUGGUAACAGAUUUUGCAUCACUAGAACUUUCUCCCGUUGAUGGACGAACACUUACAGAUUUCAUGCAUCUCCGGGGACUCAAGAUGCGUUCCUUGGGUCGUGUGGUUGAGUUAGCUGAGAAGCUUGCUCACAUACAAUCACUAUGUGUCCAUGAGAUGGUCACAAGGGCUUUCAAGUAUGUCGUAAAAGCUUCCAUCGCCUCUGUUGAUGACAUAUCACAAACACCAGCAGCAAUAGCUACGUCUUUGAAUAUCUUAUUCGGGUCCCAGUCAACAAAUAACAAUGAAAAAGUUGAACGUCAGGACUACGAGCUCAAACUUAGAUGGUUGAAGGCAUUCCUCUUACGCAGGUUCGGGUGGAAGCUCAACGAUGAAUUUCGUCACUUGAGAAAGUUGGCAAUUCUUCGAGGCCUCUGCCACAAGGUUGGUCUUGAGUUGGUUCCAAGAGACUAUGAUAUGGAUUCUCCAAACCCGUUUAGGAAAGAUGAUAUCGUCAGCAUGAUACCUGUCUGCAAGCAUGUGAUAUGUUCUUCUGCAGAUGGUCGAACUCUGUUGGAAUCAUCCAAGGUAGCAUUGGACAAGGGGAAGCUAGAAGAUGCCGUUAAUUAUGGAACAAAGGCUCUGGCAAAGAUCAUAGCUGUAUGUGGCCCCUAUCAUCGAACAACUGCUGGUGCCUAUAGUCUUCUUGCUGUAGUCUUAUACCACACAGGAGAUUUCAAUCAGGCUACCAUAUAUCAGCAGAAGGCAUUAGAUAUAAAUGAAAGGGAACUCGGGCCUGAUCAUCCUGAUACAAUGAAGAGUUACGGGGAUCUUUCAGUAUUUUAUUAUCGUCUGCAACACAUUGAAUUAGCUCUCAAGUAUGUCAACCGUGCAUUAUUUUUGCUUCACUUCACUUGUGGGCUAUCCCAUCCAAACAGUGCUGCAACUUAUAUAAAUGUAGCCAUGAUGGAAGAGGGUAUGGGUAAUGUUAACCUUGCUCUCCGUUAUCUCCAUGAAGCUUUGAAUUGCAAUAAGCGACUCUUAGGGGCGGACCAUAUCCAGACUGCCGCAAGUUAUCAUGCCAUAGCAAUUGCACUUUCACUUAUGGAGGCCUACUCACUAAGUGUUCAGCAUGAGCAAACUACGCUCAAAAUUCUUCAAGCCAAGCUUGGACCAGAAGAUCUUCGUACUCAGGAUGCAGCAGCAUGGCUGGAAUAUUUUGAAUCGAAGGUAAUUGAACAGCAGGAACUGGCAAGAACCGGAACACCAAAACCGGAUGCUUCGAUUGCUAGCAAAGGGCAUCUUAGUGUAUCUGAUCUCCUUGAUUAUAUCAGUCCUGAUCAUGACCCAAAAGGUGGUGACGGUCAGAAGAAACAUCGGCGUUCAAAGAUAAUGCAGGUUUCUGAAAAUUCACAGGGUCAGGGUCAGGGUCAGGGUCCUGUAGCCAAUGGCUCGGUAACUGAAGACUUUGACAUAACAAAUACUGUUUCUGUGAAAGAAACAACUGCCGUUAAUAAGGAGGAAGUUGCGGAAGAAUCAAUUCCUGAAGAAUCAAAUUCAAAUGACAGUGAUGUUACUUUUGGUGAACAGGUCGUAUAUGGAGAGGCUAUCGAUACAAGUUCAGAUGAGGGGUGGCAAGAAGCUAACUCAAAAGUACGCUCUGCUAAUGCCAAUGCAAACGAUAAUAAGUUUCGUAGAAGACGACCUAAUCAUCUGAAAGUAAGAGUGAAACAAUCAAAAGAAAAUGGGCAAAUAUCUGGUGUUGUUCCAAGAGAUCAGCAGCGAAUGAUGAACCAGAACGUAAUCAUAAAGGAAUCUUCGCCUCAGAAGAAAUCAAGGGCUCAAAUUCAAUCCAAGAAAGUUUCUUCCGUAGUUCCAACUACGCUUACUGCUAUGGCUUCUAAGGCUUUUUCCUACAAAGAAGUUGCUAUGUCACCUCCCGGAACUAUUCUUAAGCCCCUGGCGCAAAAGGAAGAAGCGACAAUUGUAGAAGAGAAUAAGAAAGUUCCAGAAUCUUCCAAAGAAAAUGGGGAAAAAAAUGAUGUGGAGGUUGUGAAGAAUACUGCUGAAGAAUACGAUAAAGUUUCUGAUGACAGCACCGAUUCUUCUCAACCACGAGAAACAGCUGUGAUUUCCGAAAACGAAGAAGUUUCGGGUUUGGAUAGUCAGGAAAAGGUCUCGGAAUCAAAAGGGUCUAAACUUUCAGCUUCGGCUCAACCAUUUAACCCAACCAACUAUGGAGGAGUGACUAAUUUUUAUGAUGUAAGAGUGAGCCAAGGCUUGUUGUUGGAGCCAGUCGAGUUUCCUCCGAUUACAGCUAGGGUUGCAUGCGGUCCAAGAUCACCUUUAUAUUACCGAACAAACCAUUACGCACCUGUUAACAAGCCCGGUUUGACACUCAUGAACCCUGAUGCACCUGAAUUUGUGCCUCAGAAACUAACUUCUGACGUGAUUUCAUCCCCUGAUGCAAUGAAGAACGUAGUGGAAUUCGAUGGAAAAGAAGGGGCAAAAGAUGAUAGAUCAAAGAAGAGUACUUCUGAGGCAGAGAAGGCGGAGUUAGCAAGACAAAUACUGCUUAGUUUUAUCGUAAAAUCAGUCCAAAACAGUUCAGAUCGUUCAAACGAGUCUUCUAGGAGUGUUAAAAAGUCCACAAACUGGCAGAAUUCUUCAGAAGCUAUAGCAAAUGACAGUGCAAUCAUCAAGAUUUUUCAAGGAAACGAAGAAAAAGCAGACGAGGCUAUAAAUGUGAAUGAUUCCGAGAUGAAUGCUAAGUUAACCAACAAAGUCGGGGAUGGAGAAGGGUUUGUCGUUGUUUCGAAGAGGAGGAGAAAUCGACAGCAUAUAGCAGCAAAUGGUGUUGGAAGUAAUUUAUACAAUCAACAACAAUCAAUAUGCACUUGAAAAAGUGUUGGGUUUAAGUUAUUCUUUUCCAUAAUUCAAGGUGCACCAUUAUUUUUGCGGAUGUUGCUCAGGCCCUAUGAGAAAGCACCAUAUAAUUCAAAUAUGUGAGAGUUUUUUGAGUCAUAUGGUGCAAACUCAGAGAAACGAACGGAGUAAUAUGUUUUUGAUGGAGAGGAAAUGAUCAUCUUUGUUAAAGGGAGUAAUAGGAUGAUAUAUUGAUGAAGAAGCACUAUUGGAGUUUUAGAUGUUGGUUGGGUUUAACAGCAGCAAAUAAUUUACUCGUUCUUUUUGCUUUAAUAUUAAGUAGUUUCAAAUAUUGUGUAAUGAGGAUGGGAAAAAUAAAUAUUUAUCAGUUAUUCAUUAAUGUAAUAUUAUGCUUGCUUGAUGAACUUA